AUGCUCCCACGACCACGCCUACGACCAACAGGUCUCUUACAAUCCCUUAACCCCUCCCGUCAAAUUGGCGCACGCCGCACCCUCGUCGCCGCACCUAAAGCUGGCUCCGGCCCUCUCAUGGAACGCCGCGCCGACCGCGCCCUUCCCACAGUCUCAACAGGCGACAACCGAUGGCUGAAGACCAUGCCGAUUUUCUUGUUUAUAGUCGUGGGCAGCACCCUCGCGAUCUUCAACUACCAGAAACAAAGCAGCAGCGUCGUGAGCAGUACGCUCUACGCCCUGCGCACGAAUGAGGAGGCUAGGCGGAUUCUGGGAGACGAGAUCUACUUCGCGAGUAAGAUACCGUGGAUAUCUGGGGAGCUGAAUCAGUUACAUGGCAGGAUUGACAUUUCUUUCUGGGUGAAAGGGAAGAGGGCCAAGGGGUUGAUGCGGUUUAAGAGUGAGAGGAAAACGAGGAUGGGGAUGUUUGAGACGUUGGAGUGGAGUUUGCAAAUGGAGGGGGAGGAGGGGAGGGUGAGUUUGUUGGAGGGGAGUGGGAGGGAUCCGGCUUUGAAUCAGAAGGGGGAGACGGUUAGGGUGGGUUGA